UACGUCAUAUUGUUGAAGUUAGCAUCCCCGCUGAACCCGGGCUAACCUCAGCUAAACAUUCAACGUCUUCAUGAUAUAAUUUGUUUUUUAAAAUGGCUGACAUUUUAUCGCUGAAAGAAUCGGUUUUGGUGUAUUUAGACAGAAGCGGUGGUCUUAAAAAACUUUGCGAAGACUGCGAAUAUUUUAACGGCUCCCAGCAGACCGAGGCGGUGUACAGGUUUUGUAUCGGCGUUAAUCCCGCCGAUGUGCUGGAGCUGGAUCCUGUACUGGGGGAGUGUGUUCUCCAUGACCCCCUGAAAGCCACGGCUUUGUUUCAGUCUGUUUGUUUCCUGGCUAUAAAGACCCUUUCACUUAUUGAAAAAAUACACAUGGAGAGUCAGGUGAAUGUUAUUUUGAAGUUCACGCACCUGCCUCCAUUCCCCGAGUACACACUGGACCUUUCCAGUUUUCCUCGUUUAUGUCGCCCUUUGAGGCCUGUCUCCAUGGAGGGCCUGGUCAUUGCCAUGACAAGGGUCACAAAGUACACCCAGGGGGCGAGGUUCCUCUGCACUGAUGAUGACUGCCCCUGCUCUACAGGUUUUCACCACAUUCGAGUGCAUGCACCCGGAGCAACAGAGUCAGCCACAGUGAGAAACGACUUCAGCUGCAUGAUCUGCAGCUCCCAAUUGAAAGAGGAUGUGAAGUUUAGAGUUUUAGGAGACAAACAGCUGGUGGAGCUGAUCCAUGUCAAAGCACUGGAUGUUCUAAGAGGCUAUGAGCAAAGCUCAAUGAGAUACCAGUCUGUUACCCUGUUUCUCAGAGACGAGCUGUGUAACUCCAUGAGAAUCGGGCGAUAUUACCGGGUGUUGGGCAUUCCUGCACAUGUGCACCAGUGGCCCAACAUUACCUGGAGUGUGGAGGCAAAUAGUGUCCAACCGUGGGAACCACUGUGUGACUGUAAAGUCAGCGCCCGCUUCCAGGAGCUGUGGAAGGGAACGGCCUCGUCUCUGUGGAGGUUCUCCGCAAUUGUAGCUCACUGCUUUGGGUUAGACGUGGCUCCUCAAGGCUUGUACGACACUCUGAAGCUGAGCUUGCUGCUUAGCUUGGUGCAGACCAGAAUAGAUGAAAAAGACACGUUUCACAACUUGGAUCUCCUUGUUGUCACCACCGACACGCUUAUACUCGACAGAUUGAUGACAUACAGCUUGAGUUUGGCCUAUCGUGGGAUCAGGCAUCAGGCCUCGGGGGAGAUGUUCGCAUGCCUGUCCCGGGAUGAACAUGGGGCAGGUACUGCUAACAUCCAUGCUGGUUCUGCCCUGCUAGCUACUGGGGGUAUUUGCAUGUUGGGAGAUCUGAGCUAUUACAAAAAGGACAAGUUGGAUUCCAUUCAGUCAGUUAUGGAGACCCGCACACUAUCAGUGUUCAUCCCUGGAAAGAAAUAUGGCGAGGAUGCAGACCAGCAGCUUUCCUUUCCAGUCCAGUGUAGCUUCUGGGCCGUCACAGACUCCUCCCGUCGAUCUGGGAGGGCAGACUGUGGCGCACUGGGAACAGCAGAGAUGGGUGCUGUACCAGCUCAGUUGGCAGAUGCUUUUGGCCUUGUCAUUGAGUGUAGAGACAGGGUUGGAGAGCAGGCCCUGCUUGCCCAGACUGUCCACACCCUCCAGCAUGCAGUACAGUCUGGAAAACCCCAUGACCCAUCCUGCUGGGAGUUUUCCACUCAAGACUAUCAGGAGCUGGUGGCCCAUGCACAAGGUUUGCGAGUGGAGCUCAGCCCUGCAGCAGAAAAAAUAAUCCAUGGUUACUACAUGGCGAGCCGCAGAGUGCGAUCACAGGGUCAGGGUGUCAACAUGUCUGUGGCCUCUAUCAAACUGCUGAUCUCUUUGGCUGAGGCCCAUUGCAAGUUAUGUCUCAGAACUCAAGUACUAGAGCAGGACGCUGUGAUCGCUGUACUCCUUUGUGAAAGCUCAGUCUCACUCAAGCAUGGCGCCUCUGCUCUCAUUAUUCCACCCGAUCCAGUGUUUCCUUGUGACCUCGGAGAUGUGGAUGGUUUGUGCAAGAGAGACGCUGCUCUGGAUGAGCUCCAUCAGCUUAUCUUACGGUUCAUCUACACCAAUGCACCUGGAGCAGACACAUACAUUACAGAAGAGUGAAGCCUCUCUAGGUUGUUUAAGUGCAGAGUUCGAGUCAGAUGGGCAAUAUAGGUGGUGGCCAGUAUCAGCACGUCGAGUUUGGACAGCUUGGUGUCCGGCGGCACUGAGGGCAAAGUCCUUUGAAGUUCCAGGAAGGCGUUCCUCAGCGUUUGUACCCGGC